AUGACCACACUGGCCGGAGCUGUGCCCAGGAUGAUGCGGCCGGGCCCGGGGCAGAGCUACCCGCGCAGCGGGUUCCCGCUGGAAGUGUCCACUCCCCUCGGUCAGGGCCGGGUCAACCAGCUCGGAGGUGUUUUUAUCAACGGCAGGCCACUACCCAACCACAUCCGCCACAAGAUCGUGGAGAUGGCCCACCAUGGCAUUCGGCCCUGCGUCAUCUCCCGCCAGCUGCGUGUGUCCCACGGCUGCGUCUCUAAGAUCCUAUGCAGGUAUCAGGAGACCGGCUCCAUCCGCCCUGGCGCCAUUGGUGGCAGCAAGCCCAAGCAGGUGACAACGCCUGACGUGGAGAAGAAAAUAGAGGAAUACAAAAGAGAGAACCCCGGCAUGUUCAGCUGGGAAAUUCGAGACAAAUUACUCAAGGACGCGGUCUGUGAUCGAAACACCGUACCCUCAGUGAGUUCCAUCAGCCGCAUCCUGAGGAGUAAAUUCGGGAAAGGCGAAGAGGAGGAGGCCGACCUGGAGAGGAAGGAGGCAGAGGAGAGUGAGAAGAAAGCCAAACACAGCAUCGACGGCAUCCUGAGCGAGCGAGCCUCGGCCCCCCAAUCAGAUGAAGGCUCUGACAUCGACUCUGAACCAGACUUGCCCCUCAAGAGGAAACAGCGCCGGAGCCGCACCACCUUCACAGCCGAACAGCUUGAAGAGCUGGAGCGGGCUUUUGAGAGAACCCACUAUCCUGACAUUUACACCAGGGAGGAACUGGCCCAGAGGGCAAAGCUUACGGAGGCCCGAGUACAGGUCUGGUUUAGCAACCGCCGUGCAAGAUGGAGGAAGCAGGCUGGGGCCAAUCAACUGAUGGCUUUCAACCAUCUCAUUCCGGGGGGAUUCCCUCCCACAGCCAUGCCGACCCUGCCAACGUACCAGCUGUCGGAGACCUCUUACCAGCCCACAGCUAUUCCACAAGCCGUGUCGGACCCCAGCAGCACCGUCCACAGACCUCAGCCGCUUCCUCCGAGCACUGUACACCAAAGCACUCUUCCUUCCAACCCGGACAGCAGCUCGGCCUACUGCCUUCCCAGCACCAGGCAUGGAUUUUCCAGCUAUACAGACAGCUUCGUGCCUCCAUCCGGGCCCUCCAACCCCAUGAACCCCGCCAUUGGCAAUGGCCUUUCACCUCAGGUAAUGGGACUUCUGACCAACCACGGCGGGGUACCCCAUCAACCCCAGACUGACUACGCGCUCUCGCCUCUCACUGGGGGCCUGGAACCUACCACCACGGUGUCGGCCAGCUGCAGUCAGAGACUAGACCAUAUGAAGAGCUUGGACAGUCUGCCGACCUCUCAGUCUUAUUGUCCACCCACCUAUAGCACCACGGGCUACAGUAUGGACCCUGUCACGGGCUAUCAAUAUGGGCAGUAUGGACAAAGUGCCUUUCAUUAUCUCAAGCCAGAUAUCGCAUAA